AUGGAUGCUCAGUCUGUGUCACAAGCAGCAGAAUUUGCAGUCACCACAUCUGGAAGAAAGUUGAGGGCACCAGAGGCUCCAAGUACUCAAGACUUAGAGUGCUCACAGCAGCCCUCAAAGACUUGUCUACAGCUGAGCAGGGCUGGUUCUGCAAAACCAAUAGAUGAAUCUGGAGCUUACUGUUGUUACUAUGGGUUCCUGCAAACUCUUACCCAUGCAAGACACCUUGGACAACUCUAUUCCAGGUCCGCCUCUGCUGACCUGUGUGAGAGCUCAGAGAUGGAAGCAGCUGCUCUCGCCACGCCAAGCCAAGAUGUUGUUCUCCGCAUUAAAAAGAGGGCAAAAGCCCUCACUCUGAAACAAGAGGAGAUAAACAAAGCUGCUGGAAUAUUUAAUGGGUUCAUUGACCCAUUCAUUAGAUACCUGAAGGAGCGUCCAGAGAGGCCCUACUUUAAGGAGGUGACCAAGCUGACCACAGGCAGCUACUAUGAGUUUGUGAAAAUUGAUCACCCAGAUGAGUUUGACGUGAUGCUGGCUCUGCCAGUUCGAAGCUAUAUGUACACGGAGGUGGAUGACUGGAAUGGGCUCUACUACAAAGUUACUUUACUGAGGCAGUCCCGGAGCUUCCCCACACCUUUCCUGCUGGAGGAUGGGAAUACCAUGUCGCCUGUGAAAGUCCUGGAUGAAUUCAGGAAACAUGUCAGUCAGUUCAUCACAUCAUCCUAUGAAGUGCCUUCCCCAGGGUGGAAAAUGAAGCUAAGCAGGAAGAAACAGAACAGCCCAGCAACGACUGUUGUGAUGCUGGAUGACAAAGGUGGCGAGGUCGUGUCUAUUGAUCUCGUUCCUGCUUUGGAAAUCUCACCCCCCUGGCCUGAUUCAUGUAGGGUAGGGCAGGAUGUUGAAAAAUGGCUGGGGAAGAAAACCAAGCUGAGGAAUAACCCAUUUUAUUUUGUUGCCAAGCAGCCACGUGGGCACGAUGACAAAGAGGUCUGGAGAAUUUCUUUCUCUCAUAUUGAAAAGGAGAUUUUGAAUAACCAUGGCAACACUAAAACCUGCUGUGAAUCUUAUCAUACCAAGUGCUGCAGGAAAACCUGUAUCCGGCUGCUGAAGAGCCUUUUUAAGGACCUGAAGAAAGACUAUCCCAGGCAACUAAGUCACCUGUGCUCUUACUAUGCAAAGACGUCCUUUCUCCACACUCUGACGCAGUGGAAAGAGGACACGGACUGGAAACCUUCUGACAUUGCCUGCUGUUUUCUCAGAGUGCUGGAUGACUUCAUUCAGCACGUGGAAAACACCAACCUGCCCCAUUUUUUUAUUCCAAACUGCAACCUGUUCUAUAGCUUCCCUCCAAAGGAUUUGAAAUUCCUGCUAGAGCGCUUACGAGAGCAGAAAGGGAAUGGGUUGCAAGCAUUUGCAGCUCACGAGGAAUAG